AAAAAAGCUGCUGACCAAGCAAAUGAUAUCAUUGCCGAGUGUCAUUGCCGAGAGCGGAAACAGCCGAACUACUAUGCAUUGAACGAGGAGGCCAAGCCACAUCGAAAGCACGAUACAGAACCCGCUCGCAAAGAUCUGUUAUUUCCCUGCGAUACAGGAGCGGGAGACUGGGAUGCGUUGAGCAUUACACGGAGAGAUGUGCGGGUCCCGGGCGGCUGCGGAGACGAAUGCUUCUUGGCAUUGAUCGCCGACGUAUACGCCUGGAGCCACGUGAUGCGAUGAGCAACGAUCAAUCCUCACCAACUCUUUUGUCUUCUCCCGUUUCCUCCUCAAGCACAGCGGUCCUAACCCGUCUCUGCUCUCUCAAACCCUUGGCGCAACGCCGGUCGACGUUCUUUCAACACACUUUCUUUCCCUUACCUCCUGGCGGUCCGGACAUAUACAUAUUCAUCAAGUACCAUGCAUCACCAAUCUUCCCCGCGUCUCCACCGUUUCGGCCACCGCCGUGACUACACCUUGAUACCCGCACCUCUAGAUCUCAAUCUUCCGUUCAAAGGAGAGAAAGACGCCCUCCCUGCCAUCAUCGUCACACCUUCAUCACCCUCCUCCGCGCGCGACUUCUCCAUCGCCUUCUGGGCACCUCCCCCCAAAGCUUCCCUGCGAGAACGCCUCGUUUCGUAUGCGCUCUCACCCCUGCAAUACAAAGCGCGCACUCUGAUCGUGUUCACCCUGAUCCUCUUCAUUCUGAUCUGUCAUGUCGUCACACACCGUCUGGCGCUCCGGCGACCACAUCUCGAAUUCUCGCAGGCUGGCCAAGCCCAUGUUGCUCAAUCCCCCCUCACGUCGGUUUUCGGGUUCAUUCGAUCGAUCUGGGGAGGAGACGCGCUCCGGGAUGCGAAACCAGCUUUUGUCGUCUCCGACUCUGGUUCACCAGCCUAGAUGGACGUUGUCGAGUGGGUUGGUCGAAUGUUCGGAUGAGCACUUUUCUACUAUCUCCUCAGUAAGCCCUUGUUUACUUUUGUACUGUCGAUUUUGCUAUCUAUCGGGUGUUCUGCUGUCCAUGUAUGCUGGGAGCUGACCGCACAAUGCCGCUGCCGACUGGUUCGAAGUGACGGCUCCGAAAUCAUCAUGUGAAAUCGGACACGACAUGAUGUCAUCAUUCGGUUCGAUCCGAGCUACAGCAAGUGCCAACCGCGGCGGAGCACUGCCGGGUCUGGACGUCUAUACAAACAUCUACCUCGUGGAAAAUGCAUCGGGCGGAAUUUGUGGCCGGUCCAGCGCGAAUCUUCGAGGCGAUGCUACAGCCUUCGACUGGAGUGGCAGCACGAUCGUCUCAUGAGAGACGCAGAAAUUGCGUGAGCUCACAGGCUACGUCGCAGGUGCAGGUGAUUGUGUGCAAACUGCAGCCUGCACUUCUGGCGCGCACCUAGGCCUCUUGGCGUCGCAGGACAUGAAACGGUACUGGUGAUGCGCGAGUGUGUGUAUUAUUCCUUGGCAGAUUCUGUACUCGCCAGGGCUCUGCAGGUCUGCGCGUUAAAACGAGACGUGAACGCGAACUCCCACAUCCUGGCUUCUUCACAUUUCUCUCGUUCUUGUGUCAUGACUGUCGCCUCUGUCGUCCGCCUGAUUGCUUUGUCCCUUGUCAGCGUAUUCGCCCUGUGCACGCUGGGUUUGGCUGCUGCAGUCCUGUCUCUCAGCAAGACCUACAUGAGCGGCUACUAUCCCUACGCUGCGCUGGCGAUCGCUGCAGCGGUGAUUACCAUUCUGACUAUCCCUGCUAUGAGUGCAUUGGACUUGAUUCACCCGGGCGGACUCACGUCUCAGAUAAAAUUCGAGCUUCCCUGGCUAUCCGUCCUUGCUGCAUUAUGGUUGGCAACCGCGAGCUACGCAACAAAGGCCGUCAUCGAGGAUUUCCCCGGAUUUUGCGACGAGAUCCGGGACUCUGCCAACCGUUUGGUCGCAUGCCAGGAGAGCGCAAUUUUGCUCGCGUUUGCACACCUGAACUAUUUUAUCC